CUCAGCCCAGGCGCCCGCCCCCGCCCCCGCCGAUUAAAUGGGCCGGCGGGGCUCAGCCCCCGGAAACGGUCGUACACUUCGGGGCUGCGAGCGCGGAGGGCGACGACGACGAAGCGCAGACAGCGUCAUGGCAGAGCAGGUGGCCCUGAGCCGGACCCAGGUGUGUGGGAUCCUGCGGGAAGAGCUGUUCCAGGGCGAUGCCUUCCAUCAGUCCGAUACACACAUAUUCAUUAUCAUGGGUGCAUCGGGUGACCUGGCCAAGAAGAAGAUCUACCCCACCAUCUGGUGGCUGUUCCGGGAUGGCCUUCUGCCCGAAAACACCUUCAUCGUGGGCUAUGCCCGUUCCCGCCUCACAGUGGCUGACAUCCGCAAACAGAGUGAGCCCUUCUUCAAGGCCACCCCAGAGGAGAAGCUCAAGCUGGAGGACUUCUUUGCCCGCAACUCCUAUGUGGCUGGCCAGUACGAUGAUGCAGCCUCCUACCAGCGCCUCAACAGCCACAUGAAUGCCCUCCACCUGGGGUCACAGGCCAACCGCCUCUUCUACCUGGCCUUGCCCCCCACCGUCUACGAGGCCGUCACCAAGAACAUUCACGAGUCCUGCAUGAGCCAGAUCAGAGGCUGGAACCGCAUCAUCGUGGAGAAGCCCUUCGGGAGGGACCUGCAGAGCUCUGACCGGCUGUCCAACCACAUCUCCUCCCUGUUCCGUGAGGACCAGAUCUACCGCAUCGACCACUACCUGGGCAAGGAGAUGGUGCAGAACCUCAUGGUGCUGAGAUUUGCCAACAGGAUCUUCGGCCCCAUCUGGAACCGGGACAACAUCGCCUGCGUUAUCCUCACCUUCAAGGAGCCCUUUGGCACUGAGGGUCGCGGGGGCUAUUUUGAUGAAUUUGGGAUCAUCCGGGACGUGAUGCAGAACCACCUACUGCAGAUGCUGUGUCUGGUGGCCAUGGAGAAGCCCGCCUCCACCAACUCAGAUGACGUCCGUGAUGAGAAGGUCAAGGUGUUGAAAUGUAUCUCAGAGGUGCAGGCCAACAAUGUGGUCCUGGGCCAGUACGUGGGGAACCCCGAUGGAGAGGGCGAGGCCACCAAAGGGUACCUGGACGACCCCACGGUGCCCCGCGGGUCCACCACCGCCACUUUUGCAGCUGUCGUCCUCUAUGUGGAGAAUGAGAGGUGGGAUGGGGUGCCCUUCAUCCUGCGCUGCGGCAAGGCCCUGAACGAGCGCAAGGCCGAGGUGAGGCUGCAGUUCCAUGAUGUGGCCGGCGACAUCUUCCACCAGCAGUGCAAGCGCAACGAGCUGGUGAUCCGUGUGCAGCCCAACGAGGCCGUGUACACCAAGAUGAUGACCAAGAAGCCGGGCAUGUUCUUCAACCCCGAGGAGUCGGAGCUGGACCUGACCUACGGCAACAGAUACAAGAACGUGAAGCUCCCUGAUGCCUACGAGCGCCUCAUCCUGGACGUCUUCUGCGGGAGCCAGAUGCACUUCGUGCGCAGCGACGAGCUCCGUGAGGCCUGGCGUAUUUUCACCCCACUGCUGCACCAGAUUGAGCUGGAGAAGCCCAAGCCCAUCCCCUAUAUUUAUGGCAGCCGAGGCCCCACGGAGGCAGACGAGCUGAUGAAGAGAGUGGGUUUCCAGUAUGAGGGCACCUACAAGUGGGUGAACCCCCACAAGCUCUGAGCCCUGGGCACCCACCUCCACCCCCGCCAUGGCCAGCCUCCUUCCCGCCGCCCGACCCCGAGUCGGGAGGACUCCGGGACCAUUGACCUCAGCUGCACAUUCCUGGCCCCGGGCUCGGGCCACCCUGGCCCGCCCCUCGCUGCUGCUACUACCCGAGCCCAGCUACAUUCCUCAGCUGCCAAGCACUCGAGACCAUCCUGGCCCCUCCAGACCCUGCCUGAGCCCAGGAGCUGAGUCACCUCCUCCACUCACUCCAGCCCAACAGAAGGAAGGAGGAGGGCGCCCAUUCGUCUGUCCCAGAGCUUAUUGGCCACUGGGUCUCACUCCUGAGUGGGGCCAGGGUGGGAGGGAGGGACGAGGGGGAGGAAAGGGGUGAGCACCCAUGUGAGAGAAUCUGCCUGUGGCCUUGCCCGCCAGCCUCAGUGCCACUUGACAUUCCUCGUCACCAGCAACAUCUCCAGCCCCCUGGAUGUCCCCUGUCCCACCAACUCUGCACUCCAUGGCCACCCCGUGCCACCCGUAGGCAGCCUCUCUGCUAUAAGAAAAGCAGAAGCAGCAGCUGGGACCCCUCCCAACCUCAAUCCCCUGCCAUUAAAUCCGCAAACAGCC